UUCUCUUCCACUGACCUACUAAACGUGAAACCAUUUCUCUUUCCUUUAUCCACUCUCCCGCCCACCACAUUACGCUCACAGCCUUUGGCCAUUGAAGAAGAAAUUGCUGUGAACAAAGAGCUUCAUAAAUCAUAGCCUUCAUUCUUUCUACUGAAUUUGUGUUCGCGAUUGAGUUUAUGCUCCAAAAUUCAUUCGUCUUGAUGCUUUCAAUCUCUCCUUUCUUCUCCGGUUGAGAAGAAACUCUCCUUAUUUCCCUUCUUCACAAUUUGUAUCCAUCUCAGAAAUACUUUGUCGUCCAUUCCUUUGCAGAAGUUGAUCAAGCUUAUUCUCACUGAAUUAUGUCGGUUUUUUUUUUCAUCUCCUCCUCUUUCGCAUAGAUAGCGAGGACAAGUGCUUGUUAACUUCUGCUGGAGAAGUAAAUUAGAGAAUGGAAACUAAGCUGAAUUAAGUUCCUCAGACCUCAGUUUUGAUUAGUUUCUAUAGUCAGAUGAAACAGCUUAGCAAUAGCUCUCAAUUAUAAUUUGAGCUUUUGUGAACACAACUGGAACAAGUAUCUGUUAGUGAUGCUGUGUGGAAGCUCUUUGGCACCCCCUUUUAAUAGAACCUCUCCUCUCUUCUUAUUCUUCAUCCAAAUGCCAUCCUUAUCGAUUUUUCGAAAUAGUUCCCUCACUUUUCACCGUCCACUUCUCCGUUACCACAGUUACUUAUUUGCCAAACCGGUUCAUGAUAUUCAAGCCUAUGAGCUCCCUAUGGACAGAAGGGCGCAUCUUUGCUGCUCUGCUUUCUCUGUAACACAGCAGAUACAUGAAUCCUCUGCGAUGGCUACAAAUAAAGUUUCAAACAAAUCAAAGAAGAAAGUGUGGUGGGAAUCACCUGAGGGAGUGCUUAGAAUAAAGCUAGAUAUGUGCUCAAAGCAUGGUGAUGUUGUUCAAGCUUUGCACUUGUAUGAUGAGGCACGAAGCAAUGGAGUCCAGCUUAACCAACACCACUACAAUGUGCUGCUCUAUUUGUGUUCUUCUGUCAAAUUGAAUGGAAAUGGGGUUGACGAAAAUGCCUCAAGUUUAUGUAACAACAGAGGUUUUGAGAUUUUUCAGCAGAUGAUUAUUGAUAAAGUUGCUCCAAGUGAAGCUACUUUUACAAAUGCAGCAAGACUGGCUCUUGCAUUGGAAGACCCAGAAAUGGCUUUUGAUUUGGUCAAGCAGAUGAAAGGUUUUAAUAUCUUGCCAAAAUUGCGUUCAUAUGGACCAGCAUUGUUUGGAUUCUGUAAGAAGGGGAUGGCUGAUAGAGCUUAUGAAGUUCAUGCACACAUGGCUGAAUCUGGGGUGAUGCCUGAAGAGCUUGAGCUUUCUGCUCUCUUAAAACUUAGUGCUGAUGUGAAGAGGGCAGACAAGGUGUAUGAGAUGCUGCAUCGGUUGCGAGCCACUGUGAGGCAAGUUACAGAUUCAACUGUUGGCGUUAUUGAGGAUUGGUUCAAGUCUGAAGAUGCUUCGAAAAUUGGAGAGGAGAAUUGGGACACAAGCAAGGUAAGAGAAGGAAUUGUGAUGGGAGGUGGAGGUUGGCAUGGGCAAGGGUGGUUGGGGAGUGGUCGAUGGAGAGCAGUGAGGACUCAAAUUGAUGAGAAGGGUGUUUGUCAUUCUUGUGGGGAGAAGCUUGUUUGCAUUGACAUAGAUCCAGGAGAAACAGAAAACUUUGCUACCUCAUUAUCCAAUUUGGCUUGCCAAAGGGAGGUUAAGUCCAACUUUGUUCAGUUCCAGGAGUGGCUGCAGCAGCAUGGUCCAUUUGAUGCAGUUGUAGAUGGCGCCAAUUUGGGUCUUAUCAAUCAAAAGACUUUCAGCUUUUACCAGCUUAAUACUGUGGCUGGUAAGUUACGUCAAAUGAGCCCAUCAAAGAGAUUGCCGCUUAUUGUUUUGCAUACAAGUCGUGUGACUGGAGGUCCAGCUCGGAAUCCUAACAACAGGAAGUUUUUAGAGUUUUGGAAAAAGUCUGGUGCCCUUUAUGCUACGCCUGUUGGUUCAAAUGAUGAUUGGUAUUGGUUAUAUGCUGCUGUUACUUGUAAUUGUUUAUUGGUGACAAAUGAUGAGAUGAGGGACCAUCUUUUCCAGUUGUUAGGGACUUCCUUUUUUCCAAGAUGGAAGGAAAAGCAUCAGGUUCGACUUUCUGUAUCAAGAAGUGGACUUACUCUACACAUGCCUCCGCCUUAUUCAACCGUUGUUCAGGAGUCUGAAAAUGGUAGUUGGCAUGUGCCAACAAUUACAGGCGAUGAUCUUGAAACACCAAGGCAGUGGUUGUGUGCCACCAGGGCAAGGAAUAAAAUACAUCCAUUCUAAAUUGGCAGUUUUAGGCGCACAAAUGGCAGUGUGGAUGCAUUGGUGACAUGGAUUGAGAGAUUUUAGUAAUUAGAGUAUAAUCUAUAUUUUGAAACAUUUGGCAUAAAAUACAAAAUAAGUAGUGGCAAUUGUCAUCUUAUCAUUUCAUUUUAAUCAUGGUUCAUUAAAUUUUGCAUUA